GUACCUGGCAGGCGGGAAUCAUCGGCCGUUUCCAGUUGUAUCGAGGUGAAGCGCACGUACGGUCUCCGAUUCGCACUGGCUUGGUACACGGUGUCCCAGUUCAGGCCCACCACCUCUACGUAGCUACCUUAGCUCGCUCUGGAUUCAUUGUUUGCGCAAAGGUCGACAUGCUCCUCCAUCCUCCCAUCAUCCUCAACCAUGGUGCGCCUAACAAUAACCCCUUCCAUUGUGGAAGGAUUGAAAAAGUUGCGUCAAAAUAACACACGCGACGACUGCGAACCCUCGACCGAUAUCCAACCCAAUGCGCCCGAUUCCGAACCAUCCCUCCUCAAUCCAAAGGUCGGCAAACCCAUCACCCACGGCCAAAUCAUCCACCUAUGGCAACAAUUACGAGCGGCAGAAGAAAAGGAUUUCAGCCUGGAGACCCUCUUACGGGGUUCUCAAGUAUACAUGCCUCCACCUCCGCCCAAGCCAGAGCCCUCGGAAGAAUACAAAGCCCUGAUGGCGCGCCUCCGCCGCGAAGAAGAAGAACGAUCCUACCAACGCAUGGUCAAACAAUCACAUCAGCACCACCAAGAACCUUUCUCCCGCAUGGACGCCUUCGCGCGCCGAUUCCCCCACGCCGGCACGCCGGGCCUCACCACAGCCCAGGCCUACGCAGAAAUCAACCGGCCCACGAGCAAGGCCGACGAGGGCGACGACGACGUCACCUACGCCGAGGUGCACCGCCAGCUCAUGCUGUUGCUCAACUUCUUGGUCAGUAUCGUCGGGGUGGCGGCCACGAUAUGGGUCGCGGCGCGCUGGUGGAGCACCACGUCCCGACUGCUGAUCACCCUCGCCGGCGCUAUUCUCGUGGCCGUCGCUGAAGUGGUGGUGUAUUCUGGCUAUAUGCGGAAGCUGGGAGAGGCGAAGCAGGUGCAGGAGAAGGUAAAGGAGGAGCGGGAGGUGGUGCAGACGUGGGUUGUCGGGCCCGAGGGGGAGAAGGGAGGGCAGAAUGGAGAGGCGGAGGAGGCAGUGUUACUGGAGAAGAAAGUGACCAGAAAGGAGGAGGGGUUCCGAAGGCGAUUCAAAAGUGGAAUCAAGGACGAACCAGGUGAAUAAUGAUACCCUGCUCAGCCAGAAUUGAAUUGAGAAGUUCUGAUGACUGGCGAUAUGGACGCAAGGGUGGUUCUCUCGUUGCGGUUUGUGCACUGUAUGACACUGUGUGACCUCAUCCCCUGGUUUCAGGGCUUCUAUUAGUCAGCAUAGCGCAAAACACGAAGUGCACGUGAUUGCGCGACGGUGCGUAGAGAACGCGUCGGAACGCGUUUGCGGUGGGGCGUAAUGAGAGACACGAACAAUAUCGCGAAUAGUAUCACGAAGGAUUCCACUCUUCU